AGGAAUUGAUUAGAGCACUCAAUACCCUUUCCAUGGCCACUAACUAUUCUUCCUUCCUUUGCUUCCCUUUUGGCUUUGUUCUUGUUUUGUUUCUAUUAGGUUGUUCAUCAAAGAAGGUAGAAGCCAAUGGAUUCAAAGAACUGACGGCGAAUGUUCAUCACCAGAGUCAUGUUAUUGCACUUAGUUCAUUGAUGCCGGCUAAAGUUUGUGCUACACCAGCCAAAGUUUCAGGUGCCGAAAUCUUAAGCAAGCCACUGCAAGUAGCUCACAAAUAUGGGCCUUGCUCACCACUCAAGAAAGGGGCUACAACAACUCCUAGCCUUCAUCAGAUUCUCCUUGAUGACCAGACCCGAGUCAAGUACCUCAAUUCAAAAACCUCCAACAACCAAGCCACAUUCCAAGAUUCUGCAGUUACGAUUCCUGCAAAUUCCGGCCAAUCCAUCGGCACCGGAAACUUCGUCGUAAAGAUUGGGUUUGGAACCCCAAAGCAAGAAUUCAGAGUAGUCUUCGACACAGGCAGUGAUCUGACUUGGAUCCAAUGCCAACCCUGUGCUGUCCAAUGCUAUUCUCAACAAGAUCCAUACUUCAACCCUUCUGCAUCCUCUACUUAUUCCAACAUCUCAUGUCACUCUAACGCUUGCAAACAACUCCGAUCAGCUACAGGCAACUCACGAGCUUGUGCUAGAACAUGCAUUUACCAAAUUGGAUAUGGUGAUGGUUCAUACUCUGUAGGGAACUAUGCACGAGACAAACUUACACUAUCUAGUUCUGAUUUCUUCCCUAAGUUCAGAUUCGGGUGUGGCCAAAACAACCAAGGUCUCUUUGGCACUGCAGAUGGAUUACUAGGCCUCGGCCGCAACAAGGUCUCUAUAGUAUCACAGACUGCUCAAAAAUAUGGAAAGAUUUUCUCCUAUUGUCUUCCAUCAACAACCAGCUCUACUGGUUAUCUUGCAUUUGGAAGCAAAGCCGGAACCACUUCUAGGAUUCACUACACUCCUUUACUAAAAGAUUCAAGAGGCCCAUCUUUCUAUUUCUUAAAUAUGACUAGUAUCAGUGUUGGAGGGAAGAAAUUGGCUAUCUCACCAUCAGUUUUUACAAUUUCAGGAACCAUUAUAGACUCUGGAACUGUCAUCACUAGGUUGGCACCAAAAGCUUAUUCAGCUCUUAAGUCAGCAUAUAGGAAGGCUAUGUCCAAAUAUCCCACAGCACCAGCUUAUUCAAUACUUGACACAUGUUAUAACUUGUCUGGAUAUAGUACAGUAACAGUACCAACCAUAGUGUUGCAUUUUGGUGGAGGAACUAGCUUGAAUGUGGAUCAGUCUGGGAUUUUAGUUCAAGCAAGCUCAACUCAAUAUUGCUUGGCUUUUGCUGGAAAUAGUGCUGCUACUGAUUUGGGGAUCCUUGGAAAUAUGCAACAGCAGACAUUUGAGAUACUUUAUAAUGUUGCAGGAGGAAAGCUGGGAUUUGGUGCUAGAGGUUGUAGCUAAUUAAUGAGAACCAAAAGAAGAAGAAGCAAAUUAUUGAUUCUUAUGUGGUAACUUGUUUUCUAAUAAAUCUGUUGGGGUUGGAGUUUAAGAGUACCCUCCCCCUCAUCUGUUCAUCAUUAAUUUGACUAUAGUGGAAUGGGGAAGGGUCGGUCUAGUGACUGUUGAGUCAAGGACAGGAGGGUAGCCAGAAAAAGAUUUGGAUCUCCCAUGUAAUUUGUUGUUGAACAGUCCAAAAUGUGAAGGGUGCCCUCCCUUCUUAGUCUUUAUUUUCCAGAAAGUAUCCUUGUAAUUAAUGGAUCUCCUAUAAAAUCACCAUUUCCCAUGCUUAUUAAUGGAAGUUGGGUUUUUUAUUAAA